AAUUUUUAUUUUUUAUUCGGUACGGUGCAGCCUCCGAUAAAGCUUUUGGGAGAAGAAUUUUGUCGCCGAAAGUAUCGCAAACCACGGACGGAUGCUGCGUACGGGAGGAGAAACCUAGUUUUCUUUCCCCUUUGCAUUGGUAAUGGCCCUCUCCUCUGAGCUCCGCCUGACUUCCUUCUUUCUCGUGCAUUUCCGGCCCCUCUUCUCCGCUCUUGGACAUUGUCCCCGCAGCGGCUUCUUGGAGCUUCAAUUUCUCUCGACCGGGCACCCUAGGCGGAGGGAUAAAGAAGACACGAGGGAGCGGAAAGUGGAGGAGGAAGGGAGCAACGGGACGGUGUUGAUUAAUGAUGGCAGCGACCGUGGUAGUUGGAAUGGUAAGAUCGUUACGACAGAGUUGCUUAAGGAGGCGAAGGAGGCCUACAUGGCGUCGGCGAUGUCCGUGCUUCUCAGCCGAGCCCUCCCGGACGUGCGGGAUGGGCUCAAGCCGGUGCACCGCAGGAUACUGAAGUGGAGGGAGGCUUCUAUGCUGGGCGCAAGCUACUGUCAUAGUCAUUAUUCCACCACAGCUGCAGAUACUCGAGCUAGUUAUUCUCUUAAUGGCCUGAUUUCACAUGGUCGAGUACAGAAAGCCCACAAGUCAAAGCCAGACUAUCAAGCAGUUGAUGAAAUCCCACAAGAUAAUACAGUGUCAGUUCAUGUACAAUCUGCAGGGAAACGUAUUUCAGCGGAGGACAAGAAAAGGUUGCUUGUCAACACACUUCUUGACUUGAAAGAUUCAAAGGAAAUUGUUUAUGGGACUCUUGAUGCUUGGGUUGCUUGGGAGCAAAAUUUUCCUUUGGCCAUGCUAAAAAGAGCAUUGCUUGUUCUUGAGAAAGGAGAACAGUGGCAUCGAAUUGUUCAGGUUUUAAAAUGGAUGUUAAGUAAAGGUCAAGGAACUACAAUGGGCACAUAUGAGCAGUUAAUUUGUGCUCUAGAAAAAGAUAAUAGGCCUGAAGAAGCUCACACUAUUUGGGUAAAGAAGAUCAGCUAUGAUCUGCAUUCAGUGCCUUGGCGGUUUUGUGAUCUUAUGCUAUCAAUUUAUUAUCGCAAUAACAUGCUAGAGAGGCUUGUAAAGCUUUUUGAGGAUAUUGAGUCAUAUGGCCGUAAACCGCCAAGCAAAUCUAUCGUGCGAAAAGUUGUAGAUGCCUAUGAAUUAUUGGGCUUAUUAGAAGAAAAGAAUAGAGUACUGCAAAAAUAUGAUGACUUAUGUAACAGUUCAAGAGAAUCUCCGAAGAAAUUGCGCAAGUUCUCAAAGAGGGGUAUUGCAGCAGAUGGAGGGAGGAGGGACAAAGAUAACGUAUAUUCUCAAAGGCUUAGAUAUAAGGAGCGCGUCUACAGAGUGACUCAUUAUACUAAUUACAGCUAAAGUUUAUACAGCUCAAGCGCACUAUCACGCUCAAGCUCAUGAUUAUUGAUGAUAUAAAGAGGCCUUUCUUUAAUUGGAAAAAAAAAAGUCUAGAGGAUGUUGGGGCCGCAGCUUCCUAUUGUUUUAAUUAAUAUAAGUGAUUAUAAGGUCAAAUGUAGAUUAUAUUUUGGUAUUUUUGUAUAAAAAACACGAGUGAUAAAUUUGAUGAGAUGUUAUUAUAAAGAAGAAUGAAUAAACUUUGUGAUGCAGCACUAGGAUGUCAAAUUAAUCUCUCGCUGUUCAAGCAUGAUCUAGGCAACCAUAAUUUAGA